AUGGGCUGGAGCCGGGAGCUCGGCGGACCCGGAGCUCGGCUCCUGCCCCUGCUGCUAGCGCUGCUGGUGCUCCUGGCCGGGCAGCCGCCGAGCGCCGGCCGGAAACCUCCGAAGAGAAGAUGCGCUUCGGGCUGCACCUGCACCAAGGACACGGCGCUGUGCGAGGGGGUCAAGGAGAUCCCCCGCGAUCUGCCCCCGAACCUCAUCUCCCUGUGUCUUAUUCGAUCUGGGUUCACUGAGGUCUUGGAAGGCAGUUUUCAACAGGUGCCGUCUCUCCAGCUGCUCUUGAUCACUUACAACUCUCUGGAACUGAUUGGGGACGACGCUUUUGUGGGACUUGUGCACCUGGAAUAUCUAUUCAUUGAACAAAACAGACUAGAAGCCAUCUCCAAGAAUGCCUUCAGAGGCCUGAAGGGUCUUCUCCAUCUGAAUUUAGCCAACAACAACUUGCAGACCUUACCAAGGCACCUCUUCCGAGGCCUGGAUUCGCUGACUUCAGUGGACUUGCGGGGAAAUGCUUUCCACUGUGACUGUAAGCUGAAGUGGCUGGUGGAAUGGUUGAGCCACACCAGCGCCUUGGUGGAACCCAUUGAGUGCCACUCGCCGGCGGAGCUGAACCGCACCAGUCUCAGCGAGCUCCGGCCUGGAGGGUUCAGCUGCAUCACCACUGAACUUGUCCUCUUUGACACUUUGCCAGAGCAGUCACUUUCAAUAGAAACAUUCGUCUACCAUGAUGAGGAGAAUUUGGUGAUUGCACAGCCCUUUACUGGACGGUGCAACUUCUUGGAGUGGGACCACGUGAUUGGGAAAUUUCGCAGCUAUGCCACUAUCAAUGGUAAGAAACCCACAAACACUCAACCAGGUUCUUCCACUGUGGUCUGCAAACCUUUGGUGAUUGAAGGUGAACUUUUUGUGGUAGUAGCUCAGCUCUUUAGAGGGUCCCACAUCUACAAGCGACAGGAAGCUACAGGACAGUUCCUGCACACCCAGGUCAUCGAGAGCUCCCGUAUCCGCAAGCCCAAUGACAUUGAGGUCUUCCGAAUGGAAGGAGACUGGUAUUUCAUCAUGGCGGACAGUUCCAAGGCCGGCUCGACCACGUUGUAUCGCUGGAACGGUCACGGCUUCUAUUCCCACCAGUCCUUGCAUUCUUGGUAUCGUGACACAGAUGCUGAAUUUCUGGAGAUUGCUGGCAAGCCCCACCUCAUCUUGGCCAGCAGCUCUCAGCGCCCUGUUGUCUAUCAGUGGAACAAGCAGCAAUUUGUGCGCCGUACAGACAUUCCUGAUAUGGAUGAUGUAUAUGCUGUCAAGCAUUUCAAGGUCAAGGAUGACGUGUACAUUUGUCUGACACGGUUCCUUGGAGAUUCCAAGGUGAUGCACUGGGAUGGUUCCAUGUUUCGAGACGUCCAACAGAUGCCUUCUCGCGGCUCCAUGGUCUUCCAACCGCUGAGCAUCUCCGGCUAUCGCUAUGCCUUUCUUGGCAAUGACUACUCCUUCAGCAAAGUCUACCGCUAUGACCCCAUCACUGGCCUCUUCCAGCACUUCCAGGAGCUCAACACCCAGGCCCCGCGUUCCUUUGCCCACCUCAACGUUGACAAGCAAGACUUCCUGAUUGCCUCCAGCUUCAAGGGCAAGACACAUAUUUACCGCCAUGUCAUCAUAGAUCUGAGUGCCUGAGCCUAGCGACAG